AUGCACCCUCAACGGUGCGCAAAGUCGCCCAAAAGCAACAGCAGCGUUGACAAGAUCAACUCCUUCGCAACAUUCUCUCAGGCCCUCUCGACGCGCCUCCCCUCCGCAAACGAUACCCUCUCCAUCGGCGCCCUGCUUGUGGAGCUCAACCCCCAGCUUGAGACGAUUAUCCGUUUUUCUGGUAGUCCAAGAGCGAAAUCCCAGAGGGCGGAGCUUGACAGGAGGGGGACGGAGCUUUGGAAUCUGUGUACCCGACAACGUCGUGAUAAUGUAGACGGGACGGCGGCAGCACCGGCUGCGAGGAAGAAGCUUUUGUUGCGGAGUAGGACGUUUGCUUUCUUUAUGAUUAGCAUCGCGAGGGGUGUUCCGAGCGGUGCUGAGCCGCAGCUUGCGGAUGUGGUGCAUGUGAUGAAGUUGGCGCUCAAGGCGGGGAAGACGUGUCUUGAUGAAGGUGGUACCAGCUCGAGUGCUCUGAAGCUCGCCGAAACUGUGUUCGAGAAGGGGGCGGGAUACAGCGCGACAUUAAGUCAGCUACAGGCCAAAAUGUUGGGACCGGAUGAUUUGCAAGAAUGCAAAAAGCUGGACGCUGAAUACUUCAUACUCCGAGCAGCACUGGCAAGUUCGCUCUUGAGUUUGAUGAUGCGGCCGCUCCUAGAGCUGACCGUGGAAGAUAGGCCUGGAAAACGGAUAACUUUCCCGUCAUGGAGUUCAUGCAAAGACCUCUCCAAGAAGGAAGAUUUCGGCAUGGCGGUAAGGUGGCUCGAACGGGGGUACGACAUCAUCAACGCCCAGGACCUGUCGCUUCUCUCCCGCGACGCUAUCGAGCUGCGCCUCUCCGUCUGUCAAGCCCUGAUUCACGCGCUUCUGGGCCUCGGCACGCCAGAGUCCUCGGAAAAGGCGCUUGACCUAGUCAGCUACAUCGAGUCCGAGAUUGGCGAGAAGCCCGUUGUCCUCCUCCUUCGCUUGGAGCUCUUACAGAAGGCGCCGGCCGAGAUAUUUGACAUUGAGGCCUAUGCUGAUAUUCUGAGGCGGAUGGUGCGUUCUUUUAACUUCUCCGAGGCGCACUUUAAACUCUUGGUUCAUCACGCACGAAAGUUGCAUGAUAAGAGCCCGACGCUGGCGACGAGCGUCGUGGAUGGGAUGCUUAGGGGCACUAUUGUCUCUUCUGGACGCGGAGAGUGGGUCGAGAGACUGGUAUUGUUGAGGAUAUGGAUGGAGACGACGCAGAGAGAUGGUAUGAUGGCCAUAGAAGAGCUGAUGGGGGUUCUGCUUAUUUGGAAAAAGAUCGAAGUCAACUACAAUCAGGGACACUUCGACUUCGCAGAUGGCUGGUGCCAAAUAGCCCUGCAGCCUCUGUUCCAAAAUGGCGGACCUGCGAAUAUGUCGAGACUUGGCAGGUGUGUAUCUUCGCAGGAGUCUCACUCUACGUACACUGACGACCGUAGAAAGCUCAUUCUCUGUGCCCUUGGAAGAAACAACGCCGAGAGGGCGAGGCAAGUCUUUCAGGGCAUGUCCGAGACAGCGCAAAACGAACCGAUGACGAGGUACCUCAUGUAUAAGGCUGCCCUCCGCUCAUCCGACCAAGAAUUGGCUGCUCAGUGUCUGGAAAGAGUAGCUCUCUCAGCACCAGAGGACCCUAAUUUUCUCUAUGCUUGCGUCCUCGAGGCGCAACAGGCUGGGGAUAAGGUCUGCGCGAUGCAGGCCAUGAAGCAGCUGGUGGAGAAGUUCGAGUUCAGCGAGACGUCUCCGAUUCAUUUGCCAGCGCUGUUGCGGUGUAAUAUCCGACUCGCUGUCUCGAUUGCCGAGAGCGUAAAGGGGGCUAGGGAGCGGCAGAGUACAGUGGAGGAAGUGCUUGUGCUUUUUGAAGGAGCUAUCGAGGCAAUCCAGCGAGGCCUCAGGGACAAGGAUGGUAACCGGCUGUUCACCGUCAAGGAACUCGACUGGUUCUGCCAGAACGCGUAUAACCUCGGCCUCAAACACUCGGACAGCUGGGACGUAAAGAAUCUUAUCCGACUUUACAACAGCUGCCUCGCUAUCGCGAAGCAUUAUCCAGAGGAUCUCCCUGCUGAAGCUGCGAGUGACCUCGCGUUCAGGACAAUGUUUUGCGACUUCAUCGCGGCCGCCGCUCUCGUAUCGCUCGCCCGGACGGAAGACAACGUCGAGCAGCAGCUCCAGCAUUAUCUCGUCAUGCGGAGGCAUGUCGUGGCGUACAAUGCAGCUCUGGAGAAGCAGAUGAGCGAUGGUCUGGCUACGAGGCUGAAGAGCGAUCUAACGGCCAAGCUGGCAACUUUAAUGGUGUUUGAUUUUGAGGCUGCCAUGGCAUUGAAAAAGACUGAUGAGCUGGGGUUCAUCAUCCGUACGGCGGUGACGUGUCGGGACGUGAAUACGCUCAAGGCGAUGGGUGAUAUUGCGCUGCGAGGCAAAUUGCCUGGACAAGCAAAGUACAUCCGGUGCAUGUUCCACGCCGUAUUACCACUCGAUGCGGCGCUGGGGCAGAGGCUGAUGAAGCAGGCCGUCGACGUGGCGAGGGAUUCUCGCAAGAGCCAGCAUCCGUUCCCGGCCGAAGAGCUUGAGUGGCUCGUGACUGUGGGCUUUAACCAGGCAGUGGACGCUUACAAUGUCCGACAUGAUGACGAGUGCAAUACGUGGGCGGAUUUGGCGCUGAAUUUGGCACAUUAUGCUGAUGACGGUGGGGAGUUGGAGAAGACGGUGCAGGAGAACCGGAUGAAGUUGAAGUUUGACUUGCCUUGA